UUUAGUAGGCGGAGCAAUUCGAUCAAAUCAGUUUUGUUUUUCUGGGAGAAAGCGCAGAUGAACUUCGGCACCAAGGCCGAAAUCUAAAUAAUUUCAGCGAGAUUGCUUCGCACCGAUGGCAGCAACAAUUUGAACACUUCUCCUCCGACCUGAAAAAGCAACUGAACGAUCAUGUCGGCGCCGCCGAAACCGUGGGAGGCGUCGAGAAACAACUUUCGGCUGCAGCAGCAGCAAAAUACCUCGUCAUUCUCGUCUCCGCAGACUUCCAGUGUCUUUCCUCGAUCGACGUACGCCAGUGAUAAAACAAUGUUCACCUCCAACAAUUCCACCCCACAAACAAGUAUUCCGAGAGCUCCCCCAAGGCCACCAGGAUCCACUCUGCCUGCAGGAACUCUCGGACAGUCCUAUGGAAUGAACUCAUAUGGGUACAACAGUCCUACAUACUCGCCUUAUGGAAUGAGGUCUUCCUAUGGAUAUGGAGGCGGCUAUGGUGGUUACAGCUCUCUAGGGAUGGGAGGCUACAGCUCGUACGGCUCUCCCUAUUCUAGUUAUGGAAUGAUGGGCUACGGCAGAGCAAACUACUCGCCUUAUGGACAAAUGCCUUAUGGCCAGCAGGCAGCUGACAGCGGCUUUAUCAGAAUGGCUGAAGAGAAUUCGAGACCUGCCUUUGAAUCCCUGGAAUCGAUGGUGCACGCCUUUGGCUCUGUCAGCAUGAUGCUCGAGUCGACAUUCUACGCAAUUCACAGCUCUUUCCGGGCUGUGCUUGGCGUCGCCGACAAUUUUGGCCGCAUGCGAGGCAUGCUGGCUCAGGUCUUCUCGGCUCUUACCAUCUUCAGGGCAGUGCGUUGGGCCUACCACAAACUUCUAGAGUUGCUAGGACUGAGAAAGGCUGGAGGGUCUGAAAAAAUUUGGGCUGAGGCCAAGGUUGACUCUGGUCUGGCCGCAAUUGGCGCAACUGCUGACCAGGAAGCGAGAAAGAGCUCCGCCUGGCCUAUCGUGAUGUUCAUGAGUCUUGUGAUGGGUGGACCCUACCUCAUUUGGAAGCUGGUGCGGUCAGUACUCAGCAACAUUCCAGAUGCGGAAAAUGCACCAGGGGGCUCUAAUGAGCCGUGGAUGCAGGGCAAAGCCCCGUGCAUGAUUGGCAAGGCCACUUACAGUUACCACGCCGCUGGUGCCGAUGAGUUGAGCUUCAACGUCGGAGAUGUGAUCGCCAUGGCUCCACAGGACAAGCAGCCGUACCACGCUGACGGCUGGCUAAUUGGCAGAAAAAUUGGAGAGGCGUCUGGGGGCGUCAUCAACGGGCCGAGCCCCAUUGGACUUGUUCCAUCUAAUCACUUCAAAACCCUUUAUUGCAAAGCCAAAAAGCCGAGCGCACAAGCCAGUACGGGCGAAAUGCCAGUUAUCAAAGAAGAACCACAGCCUUCAACCUCGUCAGCUCCUAACUUCAGCCCUGUGGAGAAACUGAUAGAAGAGCAGAAUGAGCUGUCAGACACUUCAGAACCUGAAGUGAUAAAUAUGCCAGAAGAGAGCGUUACGGUCUAGUUAUUUUUGCAUUGGCUGUUAUUAAUUCAUUUCGUUAGUAUCAUUCCUGUGCUCAUUGAAUUUUUUAAGUUGAUUAUAUCUAAGGUUUUAUAUGGAAGCAAA